UUAUUUGAAUACGUUAUAAUAUAUUACGUGUUUACUUCAUCAUAGGUAGCGCACUACACGAGUACCUAUAAUGUUGUAAUAAAAUGCUCUUUCGUGUUCAGGUAAACACGUGGAAUUGUUAAAAUAACUCCAAACGGUAUUGGUUUCGUAACUCGAUUUUCAUCGUACCUACUUAACCUCUAUUAUAUAGAUCGCAAAAUUUAAAAUAUUUUUAUAUAAUAUAUACACGGACUCCCAUGGCCAAUUUAAAAGCGCGUCAACAGUUUGCAAUCGAGAGUUAUGACAAUUGAUUGUUAUUAAUACUAAUGAUUGUGUUAGUACCAUACACUGAUGGAUGUUGGCCGACAAUAUAUAAUAACAGUAUGGUAAUUAAUUAGUCGCGAUCGUUUAAUUGGACGUCUGAAAUAAUUAUUAUCCGGACAUUCAUAGAAAUAACUUCAACCACAAACAGUGUCAUCGAUACUGCCACCACCUAACCGUCAAGGUGGUGUUUUUUAAAUUUUUUAUACGCUGUUGUCGAUUAUUCGGUUUUAAAAUGAACAAAAACAAGCCAAAGGACGUCGAUGAUUCCACUUUCCUUGUUGCUCAACCACCUGUACACUUGGACGAUGCAAUCGAAAUGGUUGGGUUUGGAAGUUUUCAUUAUUACAUAUUAUUUAUUUGUGGGUCACUUUUCGCGGCGGUCGCCAUUAGUGUGACGUCAGUGUCUUUUGUUGUACCGUCAGCACAAUGUGAUUUUCAAAUGACUUCUUUCCACAAAGGCAUCCUAAAUGGAGCUUCGAUGAUUGGAAUGUUCACGGGAUCUUUUAUUUGGGGUUAUGUUGCUGAUUCCAGAGGCAGAAGAUAUGCUUUGAUAUUGAGUAUGACGAUGGAUGCUGUUUUCAGUAUUAUUUCCAGUGUAUCUCAGAUCUACCCGGUGUUAAUAUUCUGCCGACUGAUGAGUGGAUUUGGAGUGUCCGGUGCUACAGUGCUAUAUUCUUACCUAGGAGAAUUCGUAAACACCAAAUAUCGUGAAAAAUUUUUAUGCUGGAUGGAAAUGUUCUGGACGGGCGGUAUAAUAUUACUUCCAUGCGUGGCAUGGUUGAUUAUACCACAAACAUUCAGAAUCGAAUAUGGAUUAUUUUUAUUCAGGUCGUGGAAUUUAUUUGUUAUUAUAUGUUCUCUACCGAGCAUACUAUUGGCAUGCUUGUUGGUGAGAUUGCCGGAAAGUCCAAAGUUUUUACUCGCCAAGGGUAAACACGAUGAGACCAUCGAUUGCUUGAAAUACGUUUAUAGAUGGAACCAUAAGGCUGACGAUAAAUUUCCGGUGACUACGUUAAUGUUACCUGAUUGCAUAAACAAACAGAGUAAUGGUUUCUUUAACGGGCUCUACGAGAGUACUGUAGGUUUGUUCACGUCUAAGUACAAAUUUAUAGCUAUAAUCACGUGCAUUAUACAAUUUUGCGCAACUACCAGUUAUUAUAUGUUGAUGCUGUGGUUUCCAGAGCUAAUGAAUAGGUUUCGAUGGUAUGAAAAGACAUAUGCAGGCCCGAAAAACAUGACGAAUAUGUGUGAAAUCGUAUCCAUGUUUAAGAUCGAGCCCGAAAUGACACACCAAAAGUGCAAUGAUGAUAUUGAUGAAUCGGUAUACAUCAACAUUGUCAUUAUUGGAAUAGCAUGCAUACCAACAAGUCUUAUCGUGCCACUGUUCGUUAACAGAUUAGGACUCAGGUUUUUUUUAGUGGUAAGCUUUUUUGGAUCAGGUCUGUCCGCUGCUUGCUUAUACUUCAUUACGUCUUCACUUGAGAAUCUCGUUUUAUCUUCAACGUUUGCAGCUCUUUCCAGCAUGGGUAUUAGUCUUAUGUAUUGCAUCGCUGUCGAGUUGUUUCCUACAGAAUACAGGGGCAUGGCCGUAUCUAUAGGUUCUACGUUUGGAAAAGUAGGCGCACUUAUGGGUAAUGUCAUCGUUGGAGUAUUUAUCGAUGAGCUUUGUGCAAUUCCAAUUUUGGUAUCAUGUUCAUUUUUGAUAAUUUCAGGAUUGCUGGUGCUAACAUUACCAAAAACUGGGAGAACAAACAUACAAUGAAAUUAAAAUAUCUAAUGAUAUGACUUUUAAUUUGUGUCAUUGGAAAAUAGUAUAUUGCCUCGUUUCACGAUUUUGUAAGAAAACAAAUUUGUAUAAGAACUAAUGAUUUGUAGAAGUAGAGAGGUUAUUGUAUUACUAUAUUUUGUGUAUUAUUAUUUAUUUUAUAACUUUGUUUUCCGAAUAUUUAAAUAAUAUCGUUUUACUUACAUUUGUAUUGAAAGUUAAGAAAGAUAUUUGGAAUUAAAAUAAUAUACAAUAAAUAUUAAAUAAUAC